AUGUCGGAAGAGUGUAACGAUGUAUAUCUGCCCAAGGGGAAGGACACAUGCUGGCCGUGGAUUGACCCUUCGUUCCCCUGUAAUGUGUACGAGGAUAGCAUCUGGCUGGCGUUUCAGAAGUACCUUCUUGCUGAAGGACGAUGGGCAAUGGAGUCUUCCAAAAGCAGGUAUCAUGCAGCAGAGACUUUGAAGAUAGAGGGACCUCAGGAGCUAAAGCAGCUGGUGAUGGGGCAGCUAAUCCACGUGGUGCAGCUCUCAGUCACUCUUCGAGUGGUGCCAGUGAAGCCAUGGGAUGAAAUUCUCAAGGUGGCUGCAUCCCCUUCUGAGGGAGCGACAGGGGAGGAGCGUAGUGCCGCCUGGGAAGAGGAACGACCCAGAGGCAGCUGGAGAAGCACCCCAAGGUCAGCAGCAGCAGCAGCAGCAGCAGCAGCAGUGGAUGUAGUUGAGUCACCUGUCAGCUCUCCUUCCCCCAUGUCUUGGCGCCGCAGGCAGAAGCUCCAGGAGUUCCGUGACUUCGCUGCCAGGGUGCUGCUGAGCCAGCCGCAUGGAAUCCAGUUGGAUCAGCUCCAGAGGGAGUGUGCGCGGAAAAUGCCGCGAGGAUUCAACUCCGAGGCGCUGGGAUUCGCAAGUCUGAGGGAUGUGCUUGAGAGCAUGAAGAAUCUGGCUCGGCUGGAGGCGUUCCCUGGAGGGUUCGUGUUGGUCUUUGCCUCUGAUGAGCUGAAAGGCGCAAACCUAGAGGGGUGUUCGUCGCCUCUUGCCAGGGCUGUUCCUGCAUCACCCUCUGCUGCCACAUCAGCCACUUCCUCUGAUCCUGUGUCUGCUGCACUUCCUUCUCCAAAUCUAGGAUUUUCCUCUCAUCCACCCCUUGCUGCUGCUGGUCCUGCCGCUGCUGCACCUAGUGGCAGCACACCCAGCAGUGCUCUUCACCCGUCCGCUCCCACUACUCCACGUGCCUCACCUCCCCCUGUUCCGAAGCCCCGACCCGAAGGCUAUCGCCGCUUCGACACCAGCUGGGGUGGUGAAUCCUCUUCACCGUUCUCCCCACGCUCUUCUCCACACUCCUCUUCCCUUCGCUACAGAGAGCCGCCCUCUUCAGAGUGGAAACCCACAAAGGAGCGUGCCCUGGCGCCCUCAUUCUCAUCACCCCUGAGUCCUUUCACAAGCCUGCCCUCACCUCGUUCCCUCGAUGCAUCACCGUCUCCUCGACCACUUGGAGCAUUCAGAGCACAUCAGAGAAGGCCAUCUGUGCUGGGAGAGGAGGAGCAGUUUGGGAUCAAGGGAGGGAACCAGCUGUGGGAUGACGGUAAGGGUUGGGGCGAAGGAAAAGAUUGGGGCGUUGGUGGUGGGUUGAGGGAGGAAGUUGCUGCACUGGGGUCUCCUGCCGGUAGCAGAUGGCGCACUGAGGGGAAGUGGAGGGAGGUGAGGGAAGUGAGAGAUAUUCGUGAGGUGAAGGAAGUGGAGGAGGUGCGAGAAAAGGUGAGGGAUGAGGUGAUUAAGGGGAAACAGGAAUCACCUGGAGCUGUUCACCCUGAAGCAGGACCCUUCAUGCAGCCAGCCUUGUUCUCCUCCUCCUCCACUGCCACCUCUGAUGCAUCAGGUUCAUCAUCCAUCUUGAAAACCCCGUCGUCUGUGUCAGAUGCAGGUGUCUCUACACUUCGCAGCAGGGCAGUGCCACCGCCGCGCCUUGAGCUUCCACUAGCAACCAUCGCUGCAGAAAACGUGACAGAAGGCAGCAAGGGGAACCUCACAGAGAGCAGCAGGUCGGCCAACGCAUCAGCACCUGCAAAAGGAAGAGCGGCAGAUGGAGGGAAGGCCAGAGCGAGUCACAAGGCAGAGCUGAUGAGGAGUGAUCUGAGGCAACUGCUACAGGAGGUGCUGUCGAAGCCAGGCUUGCACAAGACAGGAUACCAGCUCGCAUUCCUCAAGGGUGCUUUCCUGCAGAAGUAUGCGUACCCACUGGAUCACACUGUGCUUGGAUAUCCCAAGCUGAAGGCGCUGCUGCUGAGCAUGGAGGACGUUGUCAAUGUUGCGGCCGCUCCUGGGGGACAUGGGACUGCUGAGGUGGCACUGAAGGAGGUGGUGAAAGCUGCCACGCACUGGCAGGUGAAGGCGCAGCAUGUUGUCAAGGGGAAAGAGGCUGCAACCUCAGCUGCACCCGCAGCUGCACUCUCAGCUGCGCCCUCCCGUACUGCACCUGUAUCAAGCCCUUUGUCGGCAUGUCUUCCUGAAGAUGAGCACUCGGUGUCAGCUCCAGACCCUGGAAGCCCCGUGCAUGAGCAACCCAUGGAGGUGUCACCCAUUGUGGUGGAGGGCACGGAAGAAGGGGAUGAAGGGUCACCGGAAGUUGCGGCUCUGGUGUUGGCUAGUUUAGAACGGAAGCGGGAGGGUUCUGCUCCUGUAGCAACUCAUGCUGAUGAGGAUGACGUUGAUGCCAGGGAAAGGGCGAUGGAGGCUGUCUCUCCAGACACAGCAGCGCGGCUCGUCCCGUGCGCCAAUGCUGCCAAAUCACCCGAGCCUGGCGCGCGAGAGAGCAUUCAGAGCAUGUGGGACGAAGAGCUCAGCCGCGCGAAAUGCGCCGUGCAUGGCGGAGACUGUCAGGGAGGGGACGACGGGUGCGCUCCGGCACUCAAGGAGCUUAGCGGAGGGGGGGCCUCCGGGGAUGCUUUGGCUGGUCAAGGUGGCAGUGUGGGAGUGCCACGUGGCGUUCAGCAGCUGUUGAACGAAGCCUUCUCUGCCAUCCCUGUCUCGUCGUUCCCGCUUCCGCCAGGCGGAGAAGUCGUCGAGAUUUCAUCUGACACGUCAAUUCUCGAAGCCGUGCGCAUCCUGUCCGUCCAUCGCAUUCUCUCUGCUCCGGUCCGCAACGCCAAGCUCACAGGCGCAGCAGCUGGGUCAGGACCACGUGGGGCUGCAGGGGGGGGAGUAGAGGGAGCAGGAGGAGCAGGAGGGGCAGGAUUAGGGUUAGGAUCCGACGUGGCGUGGUCUGAUCGGUACCUAGGAAUGGUAGACUAUGCGGGUGUCAUGAUGUGGGUGUUGCAACAGGCUGGCCUGGCAGCUGCCACGCUGACAGCAGGCACCGCAGCGUUGACAGGUGCCGGCGUGGGAGUGGUGGGGGCGUUAGGAGCAGCAGCGCUGGGGGUGGGGGGCGCACCGCUUGCAAUGACUGGCGUGGCAGCAGCAGCGGUUGGGGCGGCGGUUGCACGGGGGUUGAGGGAGAGGAGGAAGUUGGGAGGGAGAGGGGGCGGCGCUGCUGCGGCUGCGGAUUCUCUUGGUGUGGACUUUUUCCAUAUGAUCACUGAGAACGAGCCGUUCAAGUCAGCCACUGUGGCAGACAUUACCCGAAGCUACCGCUGGGCGCCCUUCCUCCCGUUGCAGCCCACCGACUCGAUGCUCACGCUGCUGCUGCUGCUCUCGCGCUUCCGCAUGCGCUCCGUGCCAGUUGUCGCCCUCGCGUUGGCCCCUCCGGCCCCUCGCCUGCACAACCUGAUCACACAGUCAGCCGUGGUUCGUGGCCUUGCCAGGUGUCGUGGAUUUGACUGGUUUGAUGUGAUCGCAGACAAGCCUCUGAUGACUCUGGGCCUGCCGCUUGUGGGGGAGAAGGAGGUUGUGUCAGUGGAUGCAGGUGCGUUGGUGCUGGAGGCGUUUCUUCUGAUGAAGGAGAAAGGGGUUGGGGGCGUGCCAGUAACCGACGGUCCAGAUCGCAUCCUGUACGCCAACAUCAGUGCGAGGGACGUGGGACUAUUGCUGCUGCACCCAGACAUGUUCCACUCUAGGAGCCACUUGACCGUGCGGGACUUUGUUGACCGUUGCCUGGCCCUGCAAGCAGCAGAGCUGCACGUCCCACCUGCUUCCUCCCUCGCAGCAGCUGAUCUCUCUGCAACCACCAGCACCACUCCCACCCCUACGGAUGCCUCAGGGGGUGUCAGCGGCACCACCAUUACCACCACCAUACCACCUGCCAGCACCGCCGGGGGCGCCAUUGGCAAAGCGGACAGCAGCGCCAGUGACAAUGCCAGCGGCGACAGCUACGGUACAGUGGGGUCAAUGCGACCAGCUGUUUCCUGCAGGCGCACAGACAGCCUUGUGUCAGUGAUAGAGACGCUGGCUGGAAAGGGCAUUCACCGCAUGUAUGUUACUGAUGACCAUGGCCGGCUGCAGGGUGUGGUUACGUUACGCGACAUCAUUUCCCGGUUUGUUACGGAGCCGGAAGGGUAUUUUGAUAACUUUCUUGGGGAUAUGGCUCGAGCCUGGGAGUAA